UCUACAUCAUACAGGCAUGGAGCAUCCUCGUGGUUCAGUCGGGAAACGGCCGGCACUGCGUUACUGAAUGAAGCCGAUGUGAGAGGUGUGUGUGCGUGUGUGUCUGUGUCUGUGUCUGUGUGUGUGCGUGUGUGUAUGUUGCAUGCAGCUCUGGGCGUCCGCAAAGUUUCUACAGGGAGGUGGGCAGGUAUAGGUGUUUUGUUUGGUGGGUCCAUUUUAUCUGAGCAAGCCUGGGUCCUUUUUAUUCCAGACAAAGUCCCAUAAUUAAAUGAAAUCAGUAUUGGAGCAGACUGAAUGCGUUUAGAUGCACUGGAGGUGAAAAGUUCAAAUGAGAAGGCUAUAGGAUGUUAGAACGAGAGGCCCUAGCCAGUCCCUGUGCCACAUUUCGUCUCUCAGGACGACGGUGUCAAAUAAUGCAAUUUUUUUUUUCAUUUCCUUAUAAGUUUCAGAAACAUUGAUCGUUUUUUUGGGUUGAGGGUAAAGGAAGUUCUGCAGCAAGAAACUGCUUCUAUGAGCCCUUUUUAUUCAGCGCUGUCCUCUUGUUAAAAUCUCAUGCAAGCUGUUUUGCAUUUUGAAAUGUUGAACCGUUGAAUUACAUUUUUUUUCUUGAAAAAAAAAAUCUUUCUUACAAAUUCACUAUGUGUAUGGGUGUGUGUUAAAAAUGGCUUUUGUGUGUCCGGCUCUGUCAUGCUAUGCUUUGAAAGGCUCAGCAGUUCUAGUCUGCAGACUAGAUGGUUAUUGAUGGAAAUGUUACAUUGAUGUUUUGUCUGUCUAUACUGAAAAUAUUAAUUUCAGUGUAGACGGAUCUGGUUAAAAAAGCAAAAAAAAAAACAAGUACCUUCAUAUCCAUCAACUGUUUUGUCAUUAAAUCCUAUAUACAUUAUUUUCUUUAUUAUACAUUAUCUGGGUCAUAAACAAACUUCAGGCAAAUUUAUGCAUUUCCUUUAUCUUGUACUGAAUUUUAAAUUGCAAAUAAAAUAAAAUUAGUCUUUGUACUCUAUAUACGUCUAUAAUCUUUUCCUAUAUUUGUAUAUAGCAAAAAUAAAAGUGGUUUGACUAAACUAACAAACAACGGUGCAACAGAAAGAAGCAAAGAAAGAAAUACAAAAAUAUUGAGGAUGUGGUUAACAUGGUGACAGACAGGCCAGCAGUGGCUCUCUGUACAGCUGCAUCUUAUUGUCUGAUUGCAAUUUGCAGUAUGCUCUUUGCACCGGACCCAGAAGGUUUUCUGGUGGGUCGGACUCGGCAGACAGAAUAUCCUUCGUAGCAGCGGUAGUGUCACAGUGAAGUACCUGUGAGGUUUAUGCGGGGCAGCCAUCAUUGAAGUAACCUGUACGGUGUGGAUUAGAGCACAGAUUCUAGCCGUGGUGACUUUACUGCCAAAUGAUGAACUCGAUGGAGGAACCAGGUCACCUAUCUCAAACCAUGAAGGCAUGGGCGCAUUUCCUCAAUGAGGGCGAGAAGACUGAAGAUCCGUGUGAAGGUACUGCUGUAGAUAUAGCUGUGGCCCUCCGGUCGGUGGCGUCAGCCCGGACGUGGUCUUUGGGAAAGGCUGGGUCACGUGUGGACAGGUUCAUGUCAGCAUUUGGGCUGGAGAAGGAGUGUGUGGAGGAUCUGUCCCCAACUGUCGUCGAAGCACAAACUACAGGAGGACCUGCAGAUCCAGUUGCGCCCUUUAAAUCGAAGUACCUCCACGUUUUCCCACUGUAUCAAGACUAUUGUCAUCAUGCGGUUGAAGACCUACCUGGGGAGGGCUUGGUGCCUGAACCAAUAAGAUCACAGAGCUGUGAAGACCUACCUGGGGAGGGCUUGGUGCCUGAACCAAUAACAUCAGAGAGCAUUUUGGCUCUGCAGGGGAUCCGUUUCAGAGCCAAGUUCCAGGUGAUCGUCCCGCCCCCUCAGGUGACCGUCCUGCCCCCUCAGGUGAUCGUCCCGCCCCCUCAGGUGACCGUCGCGCCCCCUCCUCCGGCACGCUUUCCCAGGGACCGCCUGACCACAUUCUGGCAGGACCUGGACGAGGUGAAGGAAUGUGGUGUCCUCGCCACUUUGAGCCCCAGAGAGGUCCACCGUCAGGAGGCUAUGUUUGAGGUCAUCGGCUCCGAAGCGUCCUACUUGAGGAGCCUUGGCGUGGCUGUCAAUCACUUCAUGGCUUCAAAGAAGCUGAGUCGGACGGUGUCUCCACUGGAGCACCACGUUCUCUUCUCCAACCUCCGUCACGUGAUGUCGGCCAGCGAGAGCUUUCUCGUGGCCCUGGAACGCCUUUUAGGAGAGUGUGUGGUCAUACCACAGCUGGGUGGUCUGAUGCUCCAGCAUUGUCCGAGAUUCCGGGCGCUCUACGUGCCCUAUCUCAGCAACAUGAUGUUCCAGGAGGCCCUCGUCAACAAACUCCUACAGGAGAACAAAGGGUUUGUGUCCGCCCUGAAGACCCUGGAGAGGGACCCCGUGUGUCAGAGACGGAGCCUGAAGUCGUUCCUCGUCCUGCCCUUUCAGAGGAUCACUCGGCUGAAGCUCCUGAUGGAGCACGUCUUAACACUGACUGAACCUGACGCAGACUCGUAUCUAACCCUAAUAAAAGCUCUUGUGGGCCUUCAUAAGGUCAUUAUGGAGUGCAAUGAAGGGGUCCGGAGGAUGAAACAAAUUGAGGAACUUGUGCGCCUAGAGGUGCUGCUAGAUUUCAACAAUCUUAAGUUGCUUCCACUGGUCGUGAAGGGACGCUUCUUAUUGCAUGACGGUCCCUUGAGACAGCUGAAUAGGGUCGGUUCAGACUCGAAAAUCUCCUUCACUGACGUCCAUCUUCACCUCUUCAGUGAUCUGCUGGUCAUCUCAGUUCAAAAGGAGCAGCGUUUUGGCGUGCUAGACCACACUUCAUUCCCCGGCAACGUGCGCGUGGAGCUGGUGAACGCCGGCAUGCUGGCGCUGCCCACAGACUCCUUCCUGCUUCAUCUGUCCCAGAACCAUGCGGGCCACGCCACAGCCCUCAUCCUCGCCGCACGCUCAAGGUCUGACCAAAUGGCAUGGAUGAAGAUGCUGUCUGCUCAAAGUUGAUUGGAACGUAAAUUUACUCGCUCAUAGUGUAUGGUUUGAAAUUGAAGGAACAUUUCAUAAUUCAUAUUUUAGAGUUUUAAAUGUAAGGAAUAGAGAAGGCUUUGCACACCACAUCACCAUCACUAUGUGAGCACUAUAAUUCAUUAGAGAUUACUUUGUUGGACACUUUUUCUAAUUUUUUAUUUAUUGCAAUGAGAACACUUUAAAUGGUAGUUGGAACACACGUAAUAAGAACGCACUGAUUGUACAUGAAAUAGUUUGAUUUCUGGAAAUAAAAUUGUUAUCCUUUUUA